GAAACCAUUCAAACUCACCUGUGAGAAAUUCCAAAACACAAACAGAGGAUUAUUUCUUCUAUCAGAAAAGAGAAAAUCAUUGUCACCAUCAUGAGUACUAGUUCAAGAGCAAGCAAGGCCAUUGUGGCAGCAAGUGUUGGAGUUGUGGAGGCAUUGAAGGACCAAGGUAUUUGCAGGUGGAACUCACCCACCAUAAGAUCCGUCCAUCAACAAGCCAAGAACCAUUUCAGGUCUUUUUCUCAGGCCAACAAGAACAAGCUAUCUUCUUCUUCGACCUCAGCGUUGAGCAGAGUCAGGGAUGAGAAGCACAAGAAGUCAGAGGAGUCUUUGAGGACUGUCAUGUACUUGAGCUGCUGGGGUCCCAAUAACUAGUUCAAUUAUUCAUGCAAGCACUUAAAAUCGAGAGCAAGAUUACUUUGGCUUGGGCUUGGGCUUGGGCUGAACAAGAAUUAAACUUGUUGAUCGAUGGCUUUGGCAGUUUGGCUUGUAAUUAAAUGGAAGGAAAUUGAGUGAUGUCUCUGCCAUUAUUGUAGCAAAUUGUUGUAGGUUUUGUUAUAACUAUUGACAUGCUCUGUACUAUUUACUCUCUUGAGUAAUGUAUAGUUUUUUCUAUUUCAA